AAGUGGAUACUUUUGGAGCAGAAAAUAACACUUGUGAUUUAAAUUUAACAAUGGACAAAACACAUCCAGGAAGCAAAUCAAGACCCUUUCCAGUAACAACAUUAUUCAAACAGGAGCCUCAGAAAUCUAACAAAAUGCAAGUGACAUACAGAAUUCCAGCUCUCAUCUAUAUCGGUGACAAUCAAAUGUUUCUUGCCUUUGCUGAAAAACGGAAAACUGCAAAUGACACAGAUGCAGAUGUCCUUGUGAUGAGGAAAGGAAUAUGUAAAGAUGGUGAAGUUGAGUGGGAUAGUAGUCAUGAGUUGCUCACUUCGGCUUGUCAACCAAACCGCCGCAGCAUGAAUCCAUGUCCAGUCUAUGAGAGAGAAUCCAAGACUCUCUUUCUGUUUUUUAUCACUGUUCCUGUUGGGGUCUCUGAACACAAACAAAUAAACAAUAAUAAGAAUCAGGCCAGACUUUGUUAUAUAACCAGUCAGGACACUGGCAAAACCUGGAGUGAUUUGACAGACCUGACAGCAGAUGUGAUUGGUGAGCAGGAGAAGGACUGGGCCACCUUUGCUGUUGGACCAGGACAUGGUGUUCAAUUAAAGAGAGGAAGACUGAUUAUCCCAGCAUAUGUGUACCCUUGCCAGUCUCACAACUCUGAACCCACAUCGCAUGUAUUUACAUUCUACAGUGAUGAUAAAGGAAGUACUUGGCAUUUAGGAAAACGUGUGGAUGGUGAGUCUAAUGAGUGUCAAAUGGCUGAGAUCUUUGACGACAAAGGUAACAGUAAACUUUACUGCAAUGCUCGAAGUAUAUCCGGCCACAGAGUCGAGGCUCUAAGUGAGAGUAAUGGAGAUGCUUUUGAAAAGCCUUCGUCUGCACGUAAACUGACAGAGACCGGACAUGGCUGCCAAGGAAGUGUGUUGAGUUUUGCCCCUGAUCAAGCAACUGAAAAAACAUGGCUACUCUAUUGUCAUCCAACCAAUCCAAGCAAGAGAAUGUGCCUUGCCAUCUACUUGAAUAAAUCGCCAUGGGAUGAAUCAGGAUGGGAGGACCGUAAAUUGAUAAUCUUCGAUGGUCCAAGUGGAUACUCAGAUCUGGCUCACUGUGGAGAUGGAAAACACUUUGCCUGUCUUAUGGAAUGUGGAGAGAUAAAGGAGUCUGAAGGGAUAGCCUUUGUCCUUUUUAAACUCAGUGACAUCAUUUAGGCCAGAUUGCUAAUGGAUACUGCAAAAGUCAAGAUUUUCUUUUUGUUUUGCAAAUUAUUAAUUUACUGCUUAAAAUAAUGGACAAGUACUCACAAAAUUUAUAUUAAGCAUAUUUAAAUCAUCAAAAUAUGAAGAUCACCCACAUUGCCAUUCAAAAGCACACUGCCAUUAUUCAGCAAUCAUUAAUUA